AUGUCGUCGCGUCGCGAGUCGACCGACGAAGUAGACAAUGGUUGCGUAGCAGCCGAAUCAACAAAUAUUCUCUCCGAGGUUUCGACCGAGGAGGUUUCCGCUAUGGAUACAUCCGAACCGGUGCCUGAGGCACAAGGUUCCAGUUCUCAGGACAAAGAUACGGUAUCCUCUCAGAACCAGAAGCCCCCAGUUUUACAGGUUCGAUGGGGAGCUCCCGUGUCCUUACAGUCGUGCUCGCGUCGCUCACCUACUCCGAGCAGCCAGUCUAGCUCCUCCACCGUAGAGCAGCCAGCCGGGAAAGCUCAGCCCCAGCAGCCUAGUAAGUCAUCGCUCGCGAACAUGACAGCCUCUCUGGAACAGCUGGCAGUAGCUCACCUUUCUCCCCCACACCCUAUGGAGGUAAAAGAGGAAAGAGACCAUUCACCAGCCCCACCACCUAAGCUACGUCGCAGCGGAUCUAGCCGACGUCAACCGGUUCGAGCGGAUGCGCCAUCUUCCUCGCGUGGAUCUGCGCGCGGAGCUCCCCCCUCGCGCGGAGCUCCUUCCUCGCGACCCCCCGCAUCCGGCUCGUCCAGAGCUCGACCUGCCACCUCGCGGCCACCUACGCGUGGAACCGCCUCAAGAGGACGUGGAGCCCCACGAGCACCUCCCGCGGCACAACCUGUUGCACCCCCCGCGGCGCCAGUAGUUCUUGCCGGGUCCCUUCCUCAAGUGGGUACCUCGCAGUUACCUCGGGAGACCCCAGAAAGUUUCACCCACCCUUGGAUUAACAACCAUCCGUGGGCGCAGUUCGUAAAUCCUCGCCCGCUUCACCACCUUCACCUGAAUCCACCUACGGUCACCACGGAUCUUGAUGUGAACUUGUACCGCCACCUGCCUGACUCGGGAUAUCUCUCGAAGCGCUUCAAUAAGUCACUAUUUCCGCAGGUAGUUUUCAGGGAGAAUAAGUUGCCAGCAUCAAUCCCCUUUAUUGAAUUGCCGCACUUAGACGACACUGUCCGCUUCCGUGAGCAGUCCCAACAGGUUAUCGACCAGAUGAUGGCGGGUACUUAUCAGGAGGUAGACGUUGCGUUCCUCCACGCAGACCUCAAUCGACCCCACCAGUACAUCACGAAGCCGCGUACCUUCAAUUCCAUCCACCCGGUUUUAUAUCAGGUGGUCUCCACAGGUUACGGGUCUGGCCUUGUACUGGAAGCAAAGGACUUUUUCAUCAUGGGUCCGGACAGACGCGACCUCCACUGUAUUCUCCUCGACAGAUUCGGUAUUGACAUCGAAGCAGGCUGUCGUGGUUUCAAUAGGUCCCUGGUUUCGGUUAAGGAUUUUGUCUGGGUAUAUGACGUCAAACCGACACCCCAGGCAUUCGAAUCCCCAGAGGACACCCUUAAAAAGGCUUCCAUACCUCGCACCACGGCCCUCGAAACAACGGCCUCCUUCUUUUUCAGAGCGGCCCACAACGCGUUCGUGACCGUUACCAACCGCCCCGAUCCUGUCUAUGGCAUAAUCCUUUCCCUCACUACCCGGAACAAUCACGUUACACAGACUCGGGCAGUGUUUGAGGGUUCGCCGGAUGCAGUCACGGUAACUCCAGCACUUUGCAAUUUUAACCUCAGACGUCUGCACCAGUAUGACAUUGUGGGGGCAUAUUCCCGCGUAAACGUGUCCUCAGCCAUGCGAUUCUGUGAGCCUCCAGCAUGUUGGAAGCGCGAGACCACCUGGCGGCCACCGUCCGUCGGUUCUUCUCGAUGCACCCGGAAGAAGGGAUACUCCCCACUCGAGUCUUCCUGUUGCCGCACAGUGAUCGCGAAUGGUGCGCUGAUCGACUCCAGCGCUUCGAUAACUUCCAUCGAGACCCUGUGGGAUCCAAACGGAAGCUCGGCCGCAUUUCCAACGCAGCCUGCGCAGGCUGCCGGCGACGAUCGUAGAACUCAUUUGCGGGAGGUCACACUGGUUUAUCCCCUCUGGCACCCGAUACGGAUACAAUUUAGUCUAACCGACAUGGCCUCAGAAGCUGGAUGGGCCCCCGGUCGACACGUCGUUCUUUGGGUGGUUGGUUCUCCCAGUUUGGUUUGGGCUAAGGUGGUCACCCUGGUCAACUUCUCCGACCGCAAGUUGCUCAACCUUACCCUUGAAGCGUUCCCGUGGGCCAACACCGCGUUCCUCAGGGCGAUUCGGCAGAACGGCCGCGACUCUGACGGAUCUCGCGUCUUUGAUGCUUGCAUUCGCCUUAGCCGGCCUAACGUAGCAGCCAACCCUAUUUAUGACCUGGUUUCACGUCUGGAUAUCUUCGCAGGCCUUAAUCCAUACUCCAUGGGUGACCAGGCACCAGCUGUCGCGAGAGGAUUUGGAGGUCUGCCGUCGUUUCAAACGGUAUCGUUCCCUAGUUGA